ACUCUAUAUAGAAGUUUUUGGGGCUGUAAGCAGGGAUGUCCAAAUUACAGUGGUUAGUAAACUAAAAAUUCAUGACUUUUUCUCUAAAGUGUGCUGGAAUAAGGAAUCAUAAUGCCUGAUCUACAUUUUAAAUGCAUUUGGUGGGCUGUGGUGGUACUAUUGUUGUUGACUGGACACUGUUCCAUAGAUGCAGGUAUGUAUCUACUCUACAUAUGGAUCUUGAGGAGUUUUGUGAUGCUUGCAAUCUUGUUAAAAUGUACUCUUCAUUCUUCAUCAGGUGCUGGAACUCAUGAGGAUUAUUUAGCAAAUGGAUAUACAACUUUUUUGGACGCCAAUGACAUUUUGAAUCGCUCAUUGGUGGCGGGUAAAGGUAAAACAUUGAGUUACGUGUCUGGUGAGGGGAAAAUGGCUCUCUCCAGACAGAAAAGAGACCUUCUGUUCCCCAAUGGAGUUAAACUUUGCUCACAUGAGACGGUGCAGCAGGCGGUACAGAAUCAUCUCAACUACUUUCACCUGCGAGUGUGCCAGGAAACAGUUUGGGAGGCUUUCAAAAUCUUCUGGGAUCGCUUACCCGAGAAAGAAGAGUACCAGAUCUGGAUGAGGAAAUGUCAAAACAGUAGUGUUAGCGUGUUUGACAUUGGCCGGAGCUUUAGCCAGUCAGCUGAGCACCUUGCUCUGAUUUCAAGUACAUCAGACAACGACUACUGCGCCAAUACAAGCAAACGUGGCCACAAGCAAAGUAUUCUGGUUCCUGAAGCAGUAACACAUCCACAGGAUGUCACACCACAGACCAUUGUAGACCGAACCUUAAUCACCACUAGGCCUGCAGAGCUUCAAACAAUGCUUGGAAUCACCCCAGAGCCUGAUCUUGACACAGCCUUUGAGUCGUCACCAAAGAUAAGCACUGGUUCACCUAUAGAACUCACAAGUGAGGCCACUGUGAAACCUAUUUCAGAAACUGAACUGGAAGUCAAAUUGGAUGCUACCAACGGUCCUGUCACAUUAGAUGUUACCAUUCAACAUGAAGAGGUUGACAUAGUCUCAGAGUCUAAAUUAAGGAACACUGACAGAACUCCAAAAGAGUCUUCAAGAAUAUAUAAUAGCGAGAUUCCCACAACCUUUGAGGAUUCACUAGGAAUAAGCACUACUAUUCCUACAGUAGUCACCAGUGAUUUUACUGAAGAGCUUUAUUCACAAACAGAGUUGGGACACGAUGCUACUGACAAUCCAUUUAUGACAACAGAUGUUUUCUUUAAAGUUGAAAAGUUUGACAUAGUCUCAGAGCCUAAAUUAAUGAAUGCUGAUAGAACUUCAGAGGAGUCUACUUCAAGAAAAUAUGAUUAUGAGAUUCCCACAACCUUUGAGGAUUCACUGGGAAUAAGCACUACUAAUCCCACAGUAGUCACCAGUGAGUUUACUGAAGAGCUUUAUUCAGAAACAGAGUUGGGACAUGAUGCUACCGAUAGUCCAUAUAUGACAACAGAUGUUUUCUUUAAAGUUGAAAAGGUUGACAUAGUCUCAGAGCCUAAAUUAAUGAUCACUGAUGGAACACCAGAAGAGUCUACUUUAAGAAAAUAUGAUUAUGAGAUUCCCACAACCUUUGAGGAUUCACUAGGAAUAAGCACUACUAAUCCCACAGUAGUCACCAGUGAGUUUACUGAAGAGCUUUAUUCAGAAACAGAGUUGGGACAUGAUGCUACCGAUAGUCCAUAUAUGACAACAGAUGUUUUCUUUAAAGUUGAAAAGGUUGACAUAGUCUCAGAGCCUAAAUUAAUGAUCACUGAUGGAACACCAGAAGAGUCUACUGCAAGAAAAUAUGAUUAUGAGAUUCCCACAACCUUUGAGGAUUCACUGGGAAUAAGCACUACUAAUCCCACAGUAGUCACCAGUAAGUUUACUGAAGAGCUUUAUUCAGAAACAGAGCUGGGACAUGAUGCUACCGAUAGUCCAUUUAUGACAACAGAUGUUUUCUUUCAACAUGAAAAGGUUGACAUAGUCUCAGAGCCUAAAUUAAUGAUCACUGAUGGAACACCAGAAGAGUCUACUGCAAGAAAAUAUGAUUAUGAGAUUCCCACAACCUUUGAGGAUUCACUGGGAAUAAGCACUACUAAUCCCAGUGUAGUCACCAGUGAGUUUACUGAAGAGCUUUAUUCAGAAACAGAGUUGGGACAUGAUGCUACCGACAGUCCAUAUAUGACAACAGAUGUUUUCUUUAAAGUUGAAAAGGUUGACAUAGUCUCAGAGCCUAAAUUAAUGAUCACUGAUGGAACACCAGAAGAGUCUACUGCAAGAAAAUAUGAUUAUGAGAUUCCCACAACCUUUGAGGAUUCACUAGGAAUAAGCACUACUAUUCCCACAGUAGUCACCAGUGGUUUUACUGAAGAGCUUUAUUCAGAAACAGAGUUGGGACAUGAGGCUACCGAUAGUCCAUUUAUGACAACAGAUGUUUUCUUUCAACAUGAAAAGGUUGACAUAGUCUCAGAGCCUAAAUUAAUGAUCACUGAUGGAACACCAGAGGAGUCUACUGCAAGAAAAUAUGAUUAUGAGAUUCCCACAACCUUUGAGGAUUCACUGGGACUAAGCACUACUAAUCCCAGUGUAGUCACCAGUGAGUUUACUGAAGAGCUUUAUUCAGAAACAGAGCUGGGACAUGAUGCUACCGAUAGUCCAUUUAUGACAACAGAUGUUUUCUUUCAACAUGAAAAGGUUGACAUAGUCUCAGAGCCUAAAUUAAUGAUCACUGAUGGAACACCAGAAGAGUUUACUUCAAGAAAACAUGAAUAUGAGUUUCCCACGACUUCUGGGGACUCGUUAGAAAGGAGCACUACUAUUCCUACAGUAGUCACCAGUGAUUUUACUGAAGGGCUUUAUUCAGAAUCAGAGUUAGGACACAAUGCUACCGAUAGUCCGGUUAAGACAGCGGGUGUUACCAUUCAACAUGAAGUUGAUGUUGUCUCAGAGUCUAUAUUAUUGACCACUGAUAGAACUCCAGAAGGUUCUACUUCAAAAAAAUAUGAGCAUGAUAUUCUCAUAAACUUUGAGGAUUCACCAGGGAUAAGCACUGAUACUCCUACAAUAAUCACCAGUGAAUUCACUGAAGUGCUUCAUUCAGAAUCCAAACCAGAGGUGGGACUGGAUGCUACUCAUGGUCCGGUUAAGACGGCAGUUGUUACCAUUCAACAUAAAGAGUUGGACAUUGCCUCGGAAUCUAAAUUAAUGACCACUGAUGUAACUUCAGACGAUUCUACUUCAGUAAAAUAUCAGUAUGUUAUUCCCACAUCCUUUGAGGACUCACUGGGGAUGAGCACUAGUUCACCUACCGAACUCACUAAUGAGACCACUGUGAAACAGGAUGUUACUGUGGGUCCUGUUAUGACAGCAGGUGAUACCAUUCCACAUGGAGAGGUUGACAUUGUCUCAGAGUCUACAUUGAUUACCACUGAUAGAAAUCCAGAUUCUACUUCAGGAAAAUAUUAUUAUAAUAUUCCCAGAACUUUUGCGGACUCACUAGGGAUAACUACCAAUACUCCUACAGGAGUUACCAGUGAAUCUACUGAAGAGCUUAUUUCAGUAGCUAAACUGGACAUUGGGCAGGGUGCUACUGAAGGUCCUGUUAAAACAGUAGAUGCUACAAUUCAAUAUGAAGAAGUUGAUGUUGUGUCAGAGGCUACAUUGAUUCCCACUGGUAGAACUACUGGAGGUUUUACUUCUGCAAAGUAUGAGACAGAUCUCCCUACAACCCUUGAGGACUCACCAGGAAUAAGUACUAAUAUUCCUUCAGUAGUAACUAGAGAAUACAUUGAAAAUUUUAUUUCAGAAACUGAACUUGAGGUUGGGCAAGGUGUUACUGAAAGUCCUGUUAAAUCAGCACUUGUUACCAUAGAUGUUUAUGUUAUCUCAGACGCUACAGUGAUGUCCACUGAUAGACCUCCAGGAGGUUCUCCUACAAAUAUAUCUCCUGUUCAGAAUGUCUUACCAGAGGAACCAAAGCAGACAAAUCCUACAGAACUGUUAGAGGUUUUGCAUAAUUCCUCCACAGAAGGGUUGCCAAAAGCUGUGACAGAUAAGGAUGUUGUCAAAAUCACAUAUGUGACCACUCUGCCAGAAAAACUUUCACCCACUACACCUUUAUAUACGUCAACUGAGAUUGCUAGACAUUAUACAGGGGAAGGCCUACUUGAGGAAACUUCUGUUGUAUCAACAGAGGACACACCUAAAGACAUAACAAUUGUAACAUUACUUAAUAAAGAUGAGGAAGAGACACCCUCCACUAAAGAGGGCAAACCAACACCAGAGGUGACAACAGUUGAAGAACUACCAGAUAUUGUGACAGAGAGUAUGCAUGAUGUGUUGAAGGAGACUUAUGAGCCUACAGAUGUCAUACCUGAUGCUGAAGAGGAUCAUUUAGGUAAGGAAGAGGACAUUAUAACCGAGACCCCAGAGGUUGCUGAGGAGACAGCUGGAGAGAUAACUAAAGUGACAGAGGAAAGUACAGAAGCUUCCGAUGUGUUAACUGAGAGAGACUCACUUGUGGAUGAGUACAUAACUGCCAUUACGGAAUCUGGUGAGAUGAUGACAGAGGCAACAGAAGUUUCUGGGGUUGAAUUUGAAGACACUGGCACAGACAGAGAAACAGUUCUUGAAAACUCCCUUGAAGAUUUUGUGGGAGGAAAAAGUCAUGUUACUGCUGAAUUAGGGGAUGUAACUGAAGCUGCCAUCUUAGAGGAAUCAUCUGAGGGAAGUACUGAAAGGUUUUUGGUUAAAGAGAAGCCCACAGAAACUUCUACUAAGUUCACAAGUGUUGCCACAACUGGAAUCACACCUGAGGGUACACUUGAUACCUCUUUUGACACUGGUACCCCUGAAACUGACAUUGUAGCAUUUGUAACUGAAGGCAUGGAAUAUAAGCUAGAAGAAACGUCCAAAAAGGUUGAAAAUGGUGGGGAAACACAUUUUGACACAAUGCCAGUCAUUACUGUUACAGAGGUGGAAAAUGGUAUACUGGCAACUGCCAUAAGUGAGGACAUACAUGAAGUUACAGAUCCAUCAAAAAUUAAAGAGGAGACAAAAAAAGUUGUGGUGGAAAUCAUACAUGAAGUCACAGAAGAGACCAGAGGAGACUCCUCACCUGAGACUCCUAAAGUCGCAACAGAGACACCUAAGGUCGAAGCUGAUGUCAUAAAAGAGACAACUUAUGUCAUAUCUCAAGCACCUGAAGUUAUACUGAAAACAAGUGGAGCCUUAUCAGAGACACCUGAAGUCACAUCUCAGACAUCUUUGUCGGAACUUUCAGAGGUGCCAGUGAUAGUACCUGAAACACCUGACAUACAUGAUGUCCAACUGCAACCUGCUGAGUAUGACACCCCAACUCCUAUCUUGAAAGUGGAGGAUAUCACGGUUGUACGGAAUGACUUGACAACUUCUAUUCAAAAGACUUUCUCCACCACAUUACAAAUCUUGCCACAGGACAUUUCCAAUGACAUUUUAGUUGAAAACAACAUGAUUGGAAAUGAAAUUGAUGACAUUGUGGUCAAACCUGUACGUCCUGUCGGAGACCAUAUUGUGGAGCUGAGUAUUAAGCUGAGAGGUGAAAUCUAUGAUGAUGCUCUGAGAGAUCCUUCAAGUUACCACUAUCAACAUCUAUCGGAACUGUUCAUUGAUAAGAUUGAAGGGGUGUUUGAAAGGGUCCCAGGUUUCAAGAAAAUAUUUGUCCUUGAAUUCAGGCCACAGAAGGACAUUGAAGGAGGCCUGGCAGUGGUGGUGCACUACGCUGUGGUUCUUGAGGGCGAGGGUGCGGGAAUAAGUAAUGAGACUAUAUAUUCCAACAUGGUUGAGAACUCCUUCACAGAUCCCGAUGAGUUUCCCACUGUGGUCUACACAAUCACAGACUUCCGAAACCACAUCACUGAAGCCCUCCACAAGGAGAAUUUCAUCAGAAACGCCACUCUGGAUGUGGACCCUGAUUCUUUGCAACUGGAAAAUGUGGAGACAUUGCUGCCUUCCAAACCAACAAGCAGACCGCUUGACUCCAAUGACAUGAUGGAUAAUGUUCUUGCCUCUGAGAAACCACCAGAUGUUCCUGGGCAGGAAUUAUCCAACAAUGACAUCUUCAUUACAAACAAUGACUUCUUUGGCCCUGAUCACACUUUUGAUCCCUGGAUGGAUGGACAAAGUAAGGACACAAAUGCAAAUGAUGUAAUCAUCUUUGAGGAAAGUACCACUCUGUCUCCCGCAGAAGUGUCUUUGAAGAAUUUGGAUAUUGAGUUUACCUCUAAAUCUGAGACCACAAGUAGUGUACCUGCUCCUGGUGCAGAAAAUGAUGGUAUUCUUGAAGAGGAAGGAUUCUUACAGACUGCAACUACAGUCAGUCCUAUCACAGGCAUGAUAACUGGAGUUGCCUUACCUACAGAAUCACCUCACAAGAUAGAAAAGACACCAGUUUCUCCAGUGGAACCUCCUGAUGUUGAGGUGACUUCUCAUAGUGAUUUUAGAGACCUGGGCUCGGGCUCAGGUUUCUCUGGGGAUUACCUAGGUCCUGACAUCUGGCCUUGGGUGUCACGAACACCACAAGAAGUCUUGACGGACGAUGAGGAUGAGGUACAGGAACAGCAACCUCAGGAAAAUCAGGGAAAUAUAGAGGAACAGCUUGAGCCUCCUCACCAAGAUCUGCAACCUGAAGAGCCAUUCUUAGACAGGGUACUUGUGACACAAGACAUUCGUACCCAUCCUCACUACACAACAACUGACCAAGCCCCAGUUUUCUUGACUAUGGAGACUUUGACUGUUGAGCUUUCUAUGCAGACCCAAGUAGCCCCUGAAGGAUAUGAUGACUAUUUUCCAGAUGAAUCUACCACUAUGGCCACACAUGUGACCAAUCGACCCUUGUUACAUGUCUACACUUCAGCAGAAGCUCAAGAUGUGGGUUCAUCACAAAGUCCUGAUACAGUCAGUUCACCUACUGAUAAAGACUAUACAGAACGACUUGUUACGCCCACUGUGAUCCCACCAAGCACAGCAGUAGCUACGGAUGAGUAUACUACUUCAACAGACAACAAACAGAGUCAGGAAACUGUGGGUGCAUCAGUUGUAAUGCUGGCCUCCACAACAAAGUCAAAUAAAAUCCCUUCAUCCACACAGUUACCUGUAAUCCUAAACAUUGAUACAGUUUCUGUGAAGGUCCUACCACUUAUUCAGAAGCUGUUGAGCAUCCUGUAACCCAAGAUCACAAAGUUACCUGCUCUCUUAUGGCCAGAGGUGGAAGAAUCAGAUGAAGAAGUCAAGAUUCUAGAUGAGGAGAUGGAAAGCAUCAAGCUUGUGCCUACGGAAAGCCCAGUUACUGAACUGUCAGAAGAUGAUUUAGUUGGGGAUGAGAUCUUGGUCGCAACAACAGUCCCAACAACAAUAGCCACUGAUAGACCAAGUUUAGAUCAUUCAGCUUCCCUGUCUCCUGAGAAGGACUCUCCGUUCACUCGGAUAUCACAUUCAUCAAUAGAUGAGGAUGAACCUGAACCAGAAUCAACCACAGAACCUCUACCUACCCAAUCAUCAACUCACUCAGUUCUUCAAGAGACGACUCCAGAGACUCCAACUAUUGCAGUGCACUCUUAUGUUGCAACUGUUUCAGAGAAUCCCGUUUUAUCAGAGAAUGUUGACGAUGGGGAUUCAACUACAAUAUUUCAGUCAUCCACAAUUUCUGUCAUUCCAGAUGUUUCAGAACAUUUGGAGACUGUUAGUUCCACCAUUGUACCAUCAUUUUAUAAACCAACAUUCAGACCUACCGACAACAUAGUUAAUCCUGGAGAAACUUUAGACAACUCAGUACAAGAACACACAGUAGGGUCAAAAUCUGACAUCACAGGCCUCAUCCUACCUCCAAAACUAGUGGAUUCGGACAGUACUACUAUGAAAGUUCCUCCUCCAGUUAACCCCAAUGUAACAGAAUUUGAAGUUUCAUUCGACAUCUUCCCAUUUGAUGGGCCAAGCCAUGAUGAAGAUAAUGGUAGUGGGUUUGCUCAUGGGUCAGACUUGGCAAGUAUUGCCUUGCCAGCCAGUCCUGGAAGGGCAUUAAUAGUGUUUUUCAGCCUCAGGGUCACCAACAUGAUGUUUUCUGAAGAUCUGUUCAACAAGAGCUCUACUGAAUACAAGGCUCUUGAACAAAGAUUUCUGGAGCUGCUCGUACCAUAUCUACAAUCCAACCUCAGCAAUUUCCAGAAUUUAGAGAUCUUGAACUUCAGGAAUGGCAGCAUUGUGGUAAACAGCAGGAUGAAGUUUGGCAAGCCAGUUCCCCAUGGCGUGACAACAGCAGUGUACCUGAUCUUAGAAGACUUCUGUAAUACUGCAUACCAAACAAUGAAUCUUGCAAUAGACAAGUAUUCAUUGGAUGUUGAAUCAGGUGAUCAGGCUGAUCCGUGUAAGUUCCAAGCGUGUAAUGAGUUCUCCCAGUGUUUAGUCAACCGCUGGUCAGGCGAGGCAGAGUGCGUUUGUAAUGCUGGCUAUUUUAGCGUGGACGGGCUGCCAUGUCAGAGUAUCUGUGACAUUCAGGAAGACUUCUGCCAGAAUGAUGGGAAAUGUGACAUCAUACCUGGCAAGGGAGCCAUCUGCAGGUGUCGAGUCGGUGAAAACUGGUGGUAUCGAGGCGAACACUGUGAGGAGUAUGUGUCAGAACCGCUGGUGGUUGGCAUCGCCAUUGCCUCGGUCGCGGGGUUCCUCCUCGUGGCGUCGGCCGUGAUCUUUUUCCUUGCCAGAACUCUGCGAGACCAGUAUGACACGGAUGAUUCAGAAGACCCUUUACGAUAUGCAGAUAAAGUGCCAUCUCUAGAAAGAGCCACUAAGUACAAUCCCAUGUUUGAAAGCGAAGCAACUACGGGCUGUAAUCAGUACUACCGCCGUUACCCAGAAAACCCUGCGUGUAGCACCGGCAGUGCUGAGAUCUCCACAGACUUCAGCAGCGAGGAAAUACGACACAUUUAUGAGAACAGUGAACUUACGAAAGAGGAAAUCCAGGACCGUAUUCGAAUUGUCGAGCUGUAUGCCAAGGACCGCCAGUUUGCAGAUUUUGUCAGACAGCAUCAAGUGGCGCUUGACGCUAGACGAGAGAGCUCUUCUAAUUAGAGUGGCAAACCAGGUUGCAAACUGCUAAACCCAAGACACUUGCCUUUUUUCAUGAAUGCAAGAAGAAGUCCUCUUUUGCCAUGGUGGACUUUGCAGGAAGAUAGUUUGUGAAGAAAGAAAAUGGACUAAAGUUUUUAUUUUAUUAUUACAGAGAAGUGUGCAGCCAUCACAAUGAUGGAUGGACUGAUUGUGAUCUAAUGUAGAAAAGCAUUGUAUUUGUGAUUAUGUUUACUGUUUUUACAAAUGGGCUGAUUUAUUACUGCAGUGUCAAGGCCAUAUUUAUAAACACGUUAGUAACGCAUACAGUAUGUGACCACACCAGAUAACACAACUAUACGUCCAGGCAUCAUGUUGGUUCCUCUCUUUUGUAAUGGAAAGCCUGUAUUUCUUUCUUAUGGUUUUUCAUUUGUCAGUGCCUUUACUUUGAUUCUUACUCUUUGUUUUUAUUUGCAAUGUGAGACAUAAUUUCUUGUGUCUUGAAACACGGACUGACUGAAGAGAGAACGUUUCGCAAUAGGUAUACUAUUUUAACGAAUACACAGAAGAGUAGUUCCAUAUUUAUGUUUGCAGCUUAAACAUUUAACAUUUUUGGCCCUUGUGGCUUUAUUGAUUAAGGAUUUUCAUUAUACAUAAUUGAUUUCAACUUUUCAAUGUUUCUUUUAGGAAUGUGUUUUGUGUUUAGUUACUCCUGCAAUUGUUAAUUUUUCUACUUUUGUAAAACACUUGCCACGCACACAAGUGUAUUAAAUGUAUUUAUUCUAAAUGUUAACUUCCAUUAUCACAACAGAUUGUUCUAUUUAUGUAUAUUUUUAAUUGUAUUGAUUUACACAAUGAUUUUCAUGGUGGUCACAGCACGAGUUCUAUUUUUUCGAAUAAAGAAUA